AUGAUUCUUUUUUUAGUAACAGUUCUAGCCGCGGUAUCUUCCAUCAAUGCUCAAACUCUUACAACACGACCUGUUGAAACAUCUGCAUCAUCUGUUGUAACAUCUGCAUUGUCUGUUGAAACAUUUGCAUCAUCUGUUGUAACGUCAACAUCAUCUGUUGUAACAUCAACAUCAUCUGCUGAAACAUCUGCAUCACCUGUUCCUACUAAAAGUAAAUGGUCUGAUUAUAGACCCAUCAAACUCGAUCGCGAUGCUGGAGUGUUGACUUUCUUUCCGUAUACUCCUGAGCAGCGAGACACGUUCGUAUCAAAUGCGGAAAAUAUUUUCAAAGCAAGUUGUCAUGCAUGGGUCAAUUUUGAUUCAAAAAUAAAGCAUCAUGGCCAAGAGGCAAAUCCGUUUCCUGGUCUCAAGCAUAUCCGAGACAAUAUCGGAACCCUUACUGAUAAACAGCUCCAGCUUGGGUUAUUGGAUGUAUUCAUUCGAGCUCGCGACGGACAUACUUCUAUGGUUACGGCUGGUCCUUAUAGCUGUUUUCUCGCUACCAUAGGCAUUGAUUUUGGAUUUGUUGAUGGUCCGGGCGAUGUUAUCAAAGACCCGACAAUCAUUGUCAAGGAACCUGUCAAUGAGAAAAUAUUGAAACAACUAAGCAACACCACCUAUAGCCAGAUUAAUGUUGGAGAUCAACUUCUCAGUAUCAACGGCCUCAAUUUCUACAACUGGCAAAUUAAAAAUCGAAACGCUAUCGGUGGAUACAGCGAAGCUUCUAGCCAGCGUCAAGGAUUAGAAUACUUGACAUCCAGAUCUGGGUCUCAUGCUCCACUUCCUGAUGAAGACUCUAUCAAACUUAAAUUCAAAUCUCGUAACGGUACCAUAUAUGAAGUUGAUGCACCAUACAUGUCUGCAUAUCGACGUACUUGCUGGGAAUACUCUAGUCAACUUUACAAAAAUCUGACAGGCGUGACUCUUAGUAUGGAUCCACACAACACAGCUGCUGUAGACACCAAUGAUCAUGCUUCGUCAGUCAAAAUAACUGAUGAUCAUGCCACAAGUUUCAAACUGGACAUGUCUUUACGCAUUCCUCGUAAUAGUCAAAAACAGGAUCAAAACAGUCAAUAUCAAGAUGUGGGACGAUUAUCAAAACGCGAUUCACAGAUUACAUUUCAUGAAACAGAUAUACUCGAACUGUCUUGGGCAAUUUGGAACCCCAACGAGCAAAACAUGGGAAUCAUCAAACUGGAAUCAUUCAGGUCCACACUUCGUGCAACAAACGUGCCAGGAAUUCCUGAAGGAGUUCUUGAAGUAAGGAAACUAUUGACCACUGUGCUCAAAGACACCAAAUCUGUCUUGAUCGAUGUUCGUGAAGGUGGUGGUGGAGCAAUGGGCUUUUCAAGUGGUAUUCCACAGCUUUUCAAGGCGGACUUUCAACCAUUUAAAGCAACAUAUCUCAUGAACAAUGUCACAUACAAUAUGUUUGUAAAUCCGCCCAUAGAUUUGGAAACAUCCCGUGAUGCUUGGUCUAAAACACCACCUGGAAGCAAGUACUCAGUAUUGCAUGAUCUUAUAGAUCCAAAGUCGGCCAACGAUUACGGUCAAGUGUAUACCAAGCCAAUGGGUGUAUUUACUACUGGUGAUUGCUUUUCUGCAUGCGAAGUUAUGACGGGAUCUGUGCAGUCAUCUGGAGUCGGAACGGUGUUUGGUGAAGAUAGUACGACAGGCGGUGGUGGCGCAAACGUUUGGAUUUUAGAUCCAGAGCUUAUCAAUUUCGACCCAAUCGACUUUAAACCAAUGCCAUUCAAAAAAGAAUUGACACCUGAUGCCACUGAUGCAUUUUACAACAGAAUGACUUUAGGUCAUCGAGCAUUAGUUCGUAAUGGCAAGCAUAAUGGACAGUGGAUUGAAGACAUUGGCAUUGUAUCUGAUUUUGUAGUCCGACCAAAACUGGAAGAUGUUCUUUCUGGCGAACAUAGCAAUUCCCAGUAUAAUUUUAUUGCCGAUCAUUUGGACAAGAUUGGUCAAAAGACUGGCCAGAACAAGUUGAAAUUUUUGGCUGAACCAUUUAAUAUUGAAGCGGUUCUUGGAGCAGGCAAUAUUACUGUGGAUAUUGAUGGAUUUACGUCGAUUCAAUUGUUUGCACAAGACAAACCGCUGACUGACAAGAUCGCCCUGUCGCCAGGUCAUCACAAUAUUCAACUUCCUGCAAACAGUAGUCAACAGGAUAUUGGAAACAGCGUGGUCACCAUUAUUGCCAAAAACGACAAGCAUGAACUCAAGACCCAUCGCAACAUUCGGACUAUUCCUAAAUUGAGCGACUACAUUAAUAUCGCCAAACCAUGGACAUUUGCAGGACCCAAUCAAUCUGUUGGAAUAUACAACUCCCCGCUAACACCCAGUGGAAAUGGAUGGAAUUCUGUAAAUGGCACUUGGGUUACUGGAAAUGGCACUCAGUAUGCCAGUAUGGUCGACACUAUGCUAGAAGCAUUUUUCUUUGCAGAGGUUGGAUCUCGUAUCAACAUUGAAUAUGAUUUUUCUAUCAAGACUGAAGAAACGUUUGAUUUCUUGUACUUGUAUGCUUAUUCGAAUGGCGAGGCAGAGUCACUGCUGAAUACUCCAGGACAACCAGGUCAGCCAGACACGUAUGGCGUGUCUGGAACCAAAGAUGAACCUAAUGGCAAAGUACAGUUUACAACCAAAUCCAAAUACUUUUCUGUUGGAUUUAAAUUCAAAUCUGAUGGAGCUGUACAGGACAUUGGACCAGUGAUCAAAUCAUGGAAAAUAUCACUUGCCUAG